AUUUCUUUCAGCAAUCCAUCCUUCUUUAAGCGAGUUCAAAAUCGGGAACAAAUAUGUUCCGUUGUGUUUUAUUUGUUUAUUUUCCGCAUUCCUUUCCAUUUCCAACUGUCCUAAUGUAUAUUCAAGGUAUUUUGUCGUAUGUCUUUUUUCAUUACAGAGAAAAUGUCCGUCAAAAUAUGGUGUAGCCUCACCAUGAGACACUAAGAGUGUGCCUUCCUGGGCAACAAGUUGCAGAAUCAUGGUUACGCUUUUAGGCAGACAGCAUGGAUCAGUUCAGGCCUCGUGUACGCUGGGUGCUGUUCAACUUCGAUAGCCGCCAAGGCCCAGCCCCGAGCAAAGAAGACAGAUCAGCAAACCCGGACGAGCUGACGAUGCGGGGAGUUGGACCCCGUUCUGCGGUGGCGAGGCUGCUGCACUGCGAGGACGCGGUGCCUCGCACCGUGCAGCUGGAAGCGUGCUACUCGCGCGUCGAUGGCAUCUUGGCGGGUCUCGGCGUCCUCUUGGACAGCGACGUCACCGCCCUCUGUUCGGACGGGGAUGACGUGGUGGCCGUGUCUGCGUACCGCGUGACCCUGGAGUCGGGGCUGAGGCUGCAGCUAGUGGCAAGGUGGCCCACCGCCGCCAGGCCUCACUCCUUGUCCACGGCCAGGAUGCAUGCAGAUCACCGUGCUCUGGCCGGCCGCAGACUGGACCUGGAGGGAUCCGUCGUCAACGUAGGCUUCGUGGUGGAGGCCACAGACAAAUUCAAGGAUGUCGUCGCUCACGGCGCUCAUGGCGGAGUGUCACCGGACGUCUUGGCUGCUUCCACCUUCAAUUUGAUGCUCUACAUGAUACGCAUGGCCAAUGCCACGUCUAACGUGACAUUCUUACCCUCCUACGGCCAAGUCAAAGACAACGAGGUGCCAACAAAAGGGCUCAUGGGAAAGCUGGUGGAGGAUGCGAUUGAAGUGGGCGGGUCUCCUCUUGUAAUGUUCCCCGUGCGAAUGAAGUAUUUCGAGUACACCAACUUCUACAUGCCCUAUUCUGGCGUGAUCGUGUUCCGCGCGCCACCCCUCUCUUACGAGCACAACGUGUUCACGUUGCCGUUCCCGGCGUCCCUGUGGGGCGUGUCUGGGAUCAUGAUGCUGCUGUGCACGGCCCUCCUGGCCGCGGUGCUGCACUCCGCUGAGACCCUCACCAAGGGUGCCGUCCGCCAAGACAACGCCCUGCACGCCAGCAGCGAUGCAUUGCUCAUAGCAGUAGCCUCAGUCUGUCAACAGGGGUACUCGGUGGAGGUGCGCAGUGUCCCAGGCCGUACCGUUCUGCUCAUGAUGCUGAUGUUGCUCCUGCUGCUUUACACCUGCUACUCGGCCUCUAUCGUGGUGUUCAUGCAGAGCACAGGCACCAAAGUAGCCCACUACAGGGACCUGCUCACCUCGCAAAUGGCGUUCGGCAUCAACGACAUUCCUCAUGUGGUCUUUUACUUCCCGACACUGACUGAUCCGAUUCGCCGGGCGCUGUGGAAGGACAAAAUUCUGGAUAAGGGGCGAAACAGGCACGUGUACAACGUCUCGGAGGGAAUUCGCAAGGUGCGGACAGAGUACUUCGCCUUCUAUGGCAUCGAACACUACGUCUUCGGGACGAUCAGCAGAACCUGGACCGAAGAGGACAAGUGCGGCCUGGUUAUCAUGGGCCGAGAUUUUAAUCUCUUUCAGGAUCCACACGUAAUAAUCCGCAGGAACUCUCACAAUACCAAGGCCUUCAAGAUCAUGAUGAGAAGGAUGGUGGAGCGCGGUAUCUGGCACCGUUCCAAGUCGAAAUACACUUUCGCCCGGCCUACGUGCACCAACAAAAAGGCCGUCUUCAACUCUGUGUCGCUCACGGACGUCCGCGCCGCCUUCUCCAUGCUUCUGUUCCUCAUGUCCGGCUCGCUGGUGCUCCUGGUCGCCGAGGUGGCUUGGCAUCGCAUCACAGUGGGCUGGCGCAGCCACAUUUGACAUCAUUUAUUUUUGUUGUGAACGACCUGAUUGCACAGUUAAAAAUGAAUGAAAUUUGAUGGCAUUUAUGUCAUGAAAUGCAAGGAUGCAAAGUGACUGUACAAAAAGACAUGUAGAUCUUGUUGCUUGCCUCAUUUAGCUUAACUAUUAAAAAAUUCUAAGCAUAAGAAAUCGAAAACUAAAAUUAGUCAACCGUACUUUAGAGUAAAUUCCAGGGAGAAAAGAUCAGUUAUCAAUGAUAAGACAUAUCUUAAUGGUUACUAUGAUUAAAAAUGUUUUGAAAUAAACACACAGACUUGAGUAGCAAGCAACACAUGGGAAGCCAUACCUUGCUUGGUUACCAGGCGUCUUAUAAAUGUCACUCUUAGGGCAAGUCAUAAAAAAUUUAGACCAAAAUUAAUAUUGUAUAGUUGUGUGCUGUAAGACCCAUUAUGAAAUAAAAUAUUGAGUGGAGCCCUCGAAAUGGUGACUGUUUAAAUCUGGAGCAAAUAACCAACACAAUACAAACAUUUAUUUCUUACCAUAGGAAGUGCAUGGGACAAAGGUAUGGCUCACUAGUAUUCACAACCCUCCCUUUGUCACUACCACACACAAGAUGAUAGUACUCAUGGCAGCCCUCACUACAAAACAUAUCAUCUUUGGAAGCUUUGUAGUUUUUCUUUGCACUGC